CUGCAAGCGCUUCGUCCGAGUUAAACAUGGCAAGAACCAAGCAGACCGCCCGUAAGUCCACCGGAGGAAAAGCCCCCAGGAAGCAGCUCGCCACCAAGGCUGCACGUAAAAGCGCCCCGGCUACCGGCGGCGUCAAAAAGCCUCACCGUUACAGGCCCGGCACUGUGGCCCUGAGAGAGAUCCGUCGCUACCAGAAGUCCACCGAGCUGCUCAUCCGCAAACUGCCCUUCCAGCGCCUGGUCAGGGAGAUCGCUCAGGACUUCAAGACCGACUUGCGUUUCCAGAGCUCAGCCAUCAUGGCUCUGCAGGAGUCCAGCGAGGCGUACUUGGUCGGUCUGUUUGAGGACACCAACCUGUGCGCUAUCCACGCCAAGAGAGUCACCAUCAUGCCCAAAGACAUCCAGCUGGCUCGCCGUAUCCGCGGAGAGAGGGCUUAAACAUCUGAACACCAAA